AUGUCAGUGAACGACCAAAUAACUCAUAUAGGAAAAACAUUGUCCACAACGGCUUCCGCUUUUUUAAACUACCAAAAAUCGAACAGCAACACUCAAGAUGUACUGACCAAUAAUGGGCCUUAUAAGAAUUUAUUAUCAAAUACCGUCAACAAUGCGAGCUCAACUUCAUACUUUUACAAGAGGACUGAACACGGUCGCUUUGUAAAAAAUGCAUCUAACACUUUUGAGGAUAUUUACUCCAAGACAAGAAGGGGCGAUGUAUUCAGGAACAAGUUCACAGACAACAAAACAUGCUUCAGAAUGCUCACGUACAUAAGUGAUGAUUUGUUGAACGAGAUCCCAACUAAGGAAGGUCUCAAAAGUGAUGCAGAUGGCAAGCUUCUAACCGAAGGAGGCGAAAAUGAAAAUCUCAGGAAGAACGCAUCCAAAAAAGAAACAUCGCUGUUUCAGGGCUUUAAAAGCUACCUACCAAUAGCGGAGCUUGCCAUUGAAAACACUGAAAGAUUAAACUAUGAUACAAAUGGUACAAGCGGUACGGUUGGUGCGAAAGAUGUUAUGUCUAAAACAAAUGAGCGAGAUGAAAUUCACACAGAGCUUCCUAACUUCCAAGAUUCAUUUCUCAUACCGCCUGGGGUAGAAACUAAAAAAAUAAGCUCCUCUUAUUCUCCUAGUGCAUUAAAAAGUUUUUCUCAAACUCUUGUAAAUAGUUUAGAGUUUUUAAAUAUUCAGAAAAAUUCUACGUUAUCCGAAAUAAGAGACAUUGAAGUUGAAGUUGAGAAUCUGAGACAAAAGAAAGAGAAACUGUUGGGUAAAAUUGCGAACAUAGAGCAAAAUCAAUUACUAUUGGAAGACAACCUCAAACAGAUUGAUGAUAGGUUGGACUUUUUAGAAGAGUACGGAUUGGAGGUGAUCGAAGCUAAUAGCGACGAAAAUGCAGAAGAUGAUGGUAUGAGUGAGCGAAAGGCCCUUAAAAAUGAUGCUAUAAGAAAUGAGGGUGUCACCACAGAGAGCAUAUCAUCAGAGGCUUCUAAUCUACCUCCAAGGAGAAGGCAACAACUUCGAGACGAUAACUCAUUGAAUAGAUUAGGUGCCUUUUAUAGCAAAUCCAAAAAAAGACACAGAAAAAGCUUCCCAACAUUCCAGCAGCUUUACGAGCCAGGAACAAAAAUUGGCUCUAUAAUGUCCACUCACGAUGAUUUCCUCACUUGCCUAGAUUUUGAUGCGCCCUUUGGUACCUUAUGUACAGCCGGAUAUCUUGAUCACACGGUAAAAAUUUGGGAUUUAUCCAAACAAAACAAAAUUGGAGAACUAGCAGGACAUCUUGCUACAAUUAAUUGUAUGCAAAUCAAUCGUGACUACGGAACUCUUGUUACUGGUGGUAGAGAUGCGGCUUUAAAAUUAUGGAAUUUGAAUUUAGCUCAACAACUUUACCAGGAAACGCAAAAUCUUACCUCUCCUACAAAUCAUAUUGAUUCUCCAUGUGUUCAUACAUUUGAGGCGCAUACAGAUGAGGUUACUGCAUUAUCAUUAGAUCCUAGUUUCUUGGUGAGUGGUUCACAGGAUAGAACAAUUAGGCAAUGGGACUUACGUUCCGGGAAGUGCUUGCAAACCAUUGAUCUGAGCUUUGCAAAUGUCUUAACAACAUCCACUAAUGUCGAUUUAUCAAAGAGCACACUUCUUACUCAAAGAAAUGAGAGGCCUAGUAUAGGUGCACUACAAAGUUUUGAUGCAGCGCUAGCAACGGGUACAAAAGAUGGUGUUGUAAGGCUAUGGGAUUUAAGAUCCGGAAAGGUGAUUCGUACUUUGAAAGGGCAUACAGAUGCCAUAACGUCAUUAAAAUUUGAUUCCGCGUGCCUGGUCACAGGUUCAUACGACAGAACAGUUAGAAUCUGGGACUUAAGAACUGGGUUGUUGAAUAAGUUUCAUGCGUACAGUGCGCCAGUUCUUUCGUUAGAUCUCUUCCAAGAGAACGCUGCAGUCGUUGUCGCAGACGAACCAAGUGUCCAGAUAUACGAUAGCGAAAAGGAUGAAAGCUGGUCUUGCGUCGAACAAGGUAACGAGACUAGCGUUAGUACCGUUAAGUAUAAAGAAAAUUACAUGGUUGAGGGUCGUGAAAAUGGGGACGUAAAUAUUUGGGCCGUAUGA